CUUCUCCACACUCCGGCCCAGUUUCUGCGAUCUCCACAGCAGCUCUGAGGCCGCCCUCAGGCAGAAAGCAUCAGGAUGGCCGAGGAAAAGAAUGAAAAGCUUGUUCUGGAGGAAACUGCUUUUGAAGAAAUUGAAAGGGAUUUUCGUGAAGUUCUCAGUGAACUUUCGGGGGACAGGAGUCUGGAUAAAUUCAGGACUGAAUAUGAGAAGCUUCAUGCUGUCAUGAAGAGGUCUUAUGACAAUGAGAAGUGUCUGAUAGCCAAAUGCAGAGAACUAAAUGCGGAGAUUGUGGUGAAUUCCGCGAAGGUCGCCACUGCCCUGAAGCUCUCUCAGGAUGACCAGGCCACCAUUGCAUCCCUGAAGAAGGAAAUUGAAAAGGCCUGGAAGAUGGUGGACUUAGCCUAUGAUAAGGAACAGAAGGCAACAGAGACAAUUCUUGCACUGAAGGAGGAAAUAGUGAACUUGACCAAGCUAGUUGAGCAAGGAUCCGGACUGUCACUGGACCAGGAUAACAAUAUCCGAGAUUUACUGAAGUUCAAAGAAGAAGUAACCAAGGAGCGGGACCAGCUCUUGACAGAAGUGGUGAAGUUACGAGAGUCCUUAGCUCAGCACAGCGAAAAACAGCAAGAUGCUGAGCGGUCAAGGGAGGAGGCGGAACAAACCAUCAAUCAGUUCCAACAAGAGAUCCAACUACGCCAGAACGAAGCAUCGCGAGAGUCUCGGAAGAAGGAAAAGCUGGAGAAAGAGCUGAAGCAGAUUCAGACGGACAUGGACACCAAGCAGUCGGAGAUCAGGGCCCUGCAGCAGUACGUGCAGAAGAGCAAGGAGGAGCUGCAGAAACUCGAGCAGCAGCUCAAGGAGCAGAAGAUCCUGAAUGAGAGAGCUGCAAAGGAACUGGAGCAGUUUCAGAUGAGAAAUGCGAAACUUCAGCAAGAGAAUGAACAGCACAGCUUGGCCUGUGAGCAGUUAUCCCAGGAAAACCAGCAAAAGGCCCUGGAGCUCAAAGCCAAAGAAGAAGAAAUCCAUCAGAUGCGCGCUGACAUCGGGAAGCUCAACAAAGUAAGAGAGCAGAUCCAUAAGAAGCUGCACCAGAUUGAAGAUCAAAAGGGAGAAGCUGAACAGCAAAAGGAAACCCUAAAAAAUCAGAUUAUUGGAUUAGAGAGAGAGGUGGAGGCAUCAAAGAAACAGGCUGAACUUGAUAAGAAAGCCAUGGAUGAGCUUCUGAGAGAAAGGGACAUACUAAAUAAGAAUAUGCUCAAGGCGGUCAGCGCGACCCAGAAGCAGAUAGACCUGGUGAAGCUCCACGAACAAGCCAAGAGAAACCUGGAGGAGGAAAUUCAGAAUUACAAGGAAGAGGCUCAGAAGCAGAGAAAGAUCAUCUUCCAGCUGGAAAAGGAACGAGAUCGCUACAUCAAUGAAGCCAGUGAGCUCACCCAGAAGGUUCUCAUGAGCAUGGAAGACAUAAAAGUCCGUGAAAUGCAGAUUUUUGACUACAGGAAAAAAAUAGCUGAAUCAGAGACGAAAUUAAAGCAGCAGCAGAACUUAUAUGAAGCUGUGAGGUCAGACAGGAACCUGUAUAGCAAAAAUCUGGUUGAGGCUCAGGAUGAAAUAACAGAAAUGAAGAGGAAAUUGAAGAUUAUGACCCAUCAAGUAGAUCAGUUGAAAGAAGAAAUAUCAACCAAAGAGUCAGCGCUGGUGAAGCUACAUCUGGAACAGCAGCGAAUAGAAAAGGAGAAGGAGACAUUAAAGGCAGAGCUACAGAAGCUGAGACAACAAGCCCUGGAGACCAAACACUUCAUUGAAAAGCAAGAGGCAGAAGAGAGAAAACUCCUGCGAAUCAUUGCUGAGGCCGAUGGGGAGAGGCUGAGACAGAAGAAAGAAUUAGACCAGGUGGUCAGCGAGAGAGAUAUCUUGGGGUCUCAGCUGGUUCGGCGCAAUGACGAGCUGGCUUUGCUCUACGAGAAGAUCAAGAUCCAGCAGUCGGUGCUGAACAAGGUGGAGAGCCAGUACAACCAGAGGAUGGUGGACAUGAGGCUGCUCAAACUCGAGAUCAAGAAGCUGCGCCGGGAGAAGGAGAUCCUAGCCAGGAGCGUGGCCAAUGUGGAGGAACUCAGGCAGGAGCUUUAUCACAUGCAAAGGGAAUUCCUGAAGGAGAGGACCCGGUGCCGAGCCUUGGAGGAGGAACUGGAAAACCCCAUGAACGUGCACAGAUGGAGGAAGCUUGAGGCCAGUGACCCCAGUACCUAUGAGCUGAUACAGAAAAUCCACGCCCUGCAAAAGCGUCUCAUCAGCAAGACUGAGGAGGUGGUGGAAAAAGAGCUGCUUCUUCAGGAAAAAGAGAAACUGUAUGUGGAACUAAAGUACAUCUUGGCCCGACAGCCUGGCCCAGAGGCUGCAGAACAGCUCCACAUCUACCGGCACACGCUGAAGGAAAAGACCAAGCAGCUUAAAGUUUUGUCUUCAGAGUUGAAUAUGUAUGAAUCACAGAGCCAAGAAUAUAAGUAUGAGAUCGAGAGACUCUCCAAUGAACUGCUGAAUAUAAAGAAGAAAUACCUCGCUCAGAAACGAAAAGAACAAUUCCAGAAAAACAAGGACAGAAUACCCCCGGAAGAUACUUUCUCUGUUGCCAAACCAUCCAUCCCUCGUUUCACUGGGGGCGGAUUUCCUCUCAGCAAGCCCACCAAGGUCAAGUCCUAA